GAUGGCUUUCCAGAAAGAUGGGAACCAUACUGCAGUGACAGAGUUCAUUUUAUUGGGACUAACAGAUGACCCAGUCCUUAAAGUUGUCCUCUUCACCAUCAUCCUUUGCAUCUACCUGGUGACUAUGUUUGGGAACCUCAGCACCAUCCUUCUCAUCAGAGUCUCCUCCCAGCUCCAUCACCCCAUGUUCUUUUUUCUCAGCCACCUGGCUUCUAUUGACAUGGGCAUUUCAUCAUCGGUCACACCCAAUAUGCUUGUUAACUUCCUAAUAAAGCAAAAUACCAUUUCCUACAUUGGAUGCUCUGUACAGUUUGGCUCAGCUGCUUUCUUUGGGACAGUUGAAUGUUUCCUUCUGGCUGCCAUGGCUUAUGAUCGCUUUGUAGCAAUCUGCAACCCACUUCUUUAUUCCGCCAAAAUGUCCACACAAGCCUGUAUCCAGUUGGUUGUAGGAUGUUAUAUAGAGGGUUUUCUUAAUGUUUCUUUUUUCACUCUUUCCUUCUUUUCCUUGUUCUUCUGUGGACCAAAUAGAAUCAAUCACUUUUAUUGUGAUUUUGCUCCUUUGAUGGAACUAUCUUGUUCUGACGUCAGUGUCUCUGUUGUUGUUAUCUCAUUUUCUGCUGCCUCAGUUACUAUGCUAACAGUGAUUAUCAUAUCCAUCUCCUAUUCCUAUAUUUUCAUUACCAUUAUGAAGAUGCACUCCCCUGAAGGUCGACAGAAGGCCUUCUCCACAUGCACCUCCCACCUCACUGUUGUCACUCUGCUAUAUGGAACAGUUAUAUUCAUUUAUGUGAUGCCUAAGUCCAGAUACUCCACAGACCAGAACAAGGUGAUAUCUAUGUUCUACAUGGUGGUGGUUCCCAUGUUGAACCCCCUGAUCUACAGCCUCAGGAAUAAUGAGAUUAAGGGUGCUCUGAAGCGACAUCUUGGUAAGAAAAUAUUUUCUUAG